CAUGGCGGCGCCCCACUCCACCAUGAAAUUCUGGAAACCCGGAUCAGAGGCACCCGGUGUGUGUGAGGAGAGAGAUCUGUCCACCGAGACCACCGGCUCGCCCAUCAUCUUUAACCCUCACACUGCUCUCUCUAUAGAGAAACAGAGACAGAGUCUGCCAGUGUUUAAGCACAGAAACAACAUCCUGUAUCUGGUGGAGAGUUUCCAGACUGUGGUGAUUGUUGGAGAAACAGGAUCUGGAAAAAGCACACAGAUCCCACAGUACUUGUUGGAGGCGGGAUGGGCGGCAGACGGAAAGGUGAUUGGUGUCACUCAACCUCGACGGGUGGCCGCUACAUCUGUGGCCAGUCGUGUUGCAGAGGAACGCGGGGCAUUUCUGGGGCAUGAAGUGGGCUACACCAUCAGAUUUGAUGACUGUUCUGACCCUCACGCCACACGCAUAAAGUUUCUGACAGAUGGGAUGUUGGUGCGGGAGAUGAUGUCUGACCCACUGUUAAAGAAAUACAGUGUGUUAAUGCUGGAUGAAGCUCAUGAGAGAACGCUUUACACGGACAUCGCAAUCGGCCUGCUGAAGAAGAUUCAGAAGAAGCGGAGAGACUUGCGUCUGAUUGUAGCCUCGGCCACACUGGAUGCCGAGAAAUUUCAAGAUUUCUUCAACCUGAACGAGUCUGGAGACCCAAGCAAAGACACCUGCGGGAUUCUGACCGUUGAGGGCCGAACGUUCCCUGUGGAUCUCUUCUACACUGUCAGUCCAGUCCCAGACUAUGUGAAGGCUACGGUGGAAACGGUGCUGAAGAUUCACGAGACAGAAGAUGAUGGUGAUGUGUUGGCAUUUCUCACAGGACAGGAGGAGGUGGAGAAUGUAGUGUCGAUGCUCAAGGAACAGGCUCGAACUCUGUCCCGCUAUGGUAUGAAGAAGCACCUGUAUGUGCUGCCCAUGUAUGCCAGUGUGCCCUAUAAUGAACAGAUGAGAGUGUUUGAGAGGAUGUCCCCUACUGUCAGAAAGGUGGUGGUUGCUACCAAUAUAGCCGAAACAUCCAUCACCAUUAAUGGCGUGGUGUUUGUGAUUGACUGUGCGUUUGUGAAGCUGAGAGCGUAUAACCCUUGUACAGCGAUAGAGUCACUGAUCAUAACGCCCAUCUCUAAAGCCUCUGCAUGUCAGAGAGCGGGAAGAGCUGGACGCAACCGCGCAGGAAAGUGUUUCAGACUCUAUACAGAGGUGGACUUUGAGAAGUUGCCUGCAUCUACAGUUCCAGAGAUGCAGCGCUGUAAUCUGGCUCCUGUCAUUCUGCAGCUCAAAGCUCUGGGCAUCGACAAUGUUUUGCGAUUCAGCUUCCUGUCUCCUCCACCAGCUCAGUCUAUGGUUCAAGCUCUGGAGCUGCUCUUCGCUCUUGGAGGCCUGGAUCAGUACGGGCGUCUGACUGACCCGAUGGGCGUGCGUAUGGCAGAGUUUCCCCUCAGUCCCAUGUUUGCCAAGAUGCUGCUGGAAUCUGGAAACUUCGGCUGCUCCAAAGAGAUUGUCACCAUAGCGGCCAUGAUGCAAAUUCAGAACAUUUUUAUGGUGCCGCACAGUCAGAAGAAAGCAACUGCACGUGAGCACAGGAAGUUUGCAGUAGCUGAGGGCGAUCAUUUGACCAUGCUGAAUGUUUAUGAGGCUUUUAUAAAGCAUCAGAAGAGCUCUCAAUGGUGUCAGGAUCAUUUCCUGAACUAUAAAGGUCUCUUGCGUGCCGUGACUGUACGAGAACAGCUAAGACACCUCCUCAAUAAGUUUAAGGUGCCUCGAACAUCCAGUGAAGGUGACCCGGAUGUGAUUCUCAGAUGUAUUGUGUCAGGAUUUUUUGCGAAUGCUGCUCGUAUGCAUCACUCUGGCUCCUACAGGACCCUACGAGAUGACAGAGAACUGUACAUUCACCCCGAUUCUGUACUGUAUGGAGAAAAGCCCCCAAAAUGGGUGGUUUUCAAUGAGGUGGUUCAGACCAGUAAGUACUACAUGAGGGACGUGACGGCGGUUGAGUCAUCCUGGUUGGUAGAGUUGGCCCCUCACUUUUACAAACAGGCCAAGCACGGGUCUCUGAACAGCAAACGGGCCAAAGUCUUCUAAGCUGACCUUCAACACCAAAAACCAGGCACCCUCAAUACUCCUUAGACAAAAGCUUAGACAUAACUUUAAUACACAUUCAGAUUUUGAGCACGGAAAACAGGAAAAACACUGUGUUACUUUUUGUAGAUACAGAUGUAUGAUAUAUUUAUGCUGUCAUGGCCAUCUUUUUAUUUAGUGACGCUGGACAGACAUUGAAGUAAUUUAAGUGUGAUUUUAUUGUUUACUGUUUGAGAGUGAAAAGUGAAUAUGAGAUAUCUACUGUAUAUUUGGAUGGGUUAGGUUGUGUUAGGUUAGUUUUGGUUAGGUUGGGUUAGUUUAGCUUGGGUUUAGUUUGGUUAGAUUGGGUUGGGUUUGUUUUGGUUGGGUUAGGUUGGAUUAGUUUAGGUUGGGUUUGGGUUAGUUUAGUUUAGUUUGAGUUGGGUUAGGUUGAGUUGGGUUAGGUUAAGUUGAGUUGGGUUAGGUUAGGUAUGUGUUAGUUUAGGUUUGAGUUGGGUUAGGCUGGGUUGGGUUAGUUUAGGUUAAGUUGGGUUAGGUUAGGUUUGUGUUAGUUUAGGUUUGAGUUGGGUUAGGCUGGUUUAGGUAGGAUUAGGUUGGGUUAGGCUGGUUUAGUUAGGGUUAGUUUAGUUUAGGUCAGGAUGCAUUAGUUUAGGUUAGUUUGGGAUAUGGUUAUAGUUGAUGGACAGGUUGUAAAGCUUUACAACAUUGCACGAUUCCCUACUCUCAAUAAAAUCCAUAUUAAUAACCAAUAUUACUAUAAUAAGCUAUUUUUUACAAAUUAUUUCAAAUCCUCAUCGGAGAAAAACUGUGUAGAUCAAUCGUAGUGGCCUUUUUACCAUUUUGUGCCAAAUAUUAUGAAACCAUAGAGCAUUUCCUGGUAUUUAUGGAAUGUGCAAUUAGUCGUAGUUAUACUAAUAAGCAUGCAACAAAAAGUGCCAUUUUUAUUUUAGUAUCAGUAAAAAUUAGCCUCUUUGUUCACCUAUAGCUUCUAAAACUGUUAUUAGGUGUAAUUUGUCAUAGUUCAUACUGUCACUUCCUAAGGAAUAACCAGCCAUGACUAGAUGUUUGAUAAGAUGAGAGUAAAUAGCACAGUGAAAGACACUCCUCAGGGAGGAGCUUAUUUCAUAAUUAAUUGGACUGGGGUGCCAAUCGUGUGAGUGAAGGCGGAGCCUCUAUCUUGUCAAUAUGAAUGUGAUGUUCUUUAAACUCGGAAGCAGCCUUUUGUAUUUCAUUGCUGUUUUCAUUUUACUGUGGUUUCUUUGUCCCCUAACACACUUUUGCCUCUCCAAAAUGAAUUUUAAAGUUGUUAAAGUCCAUAUAAAAUCUUCUUUCAUGGUAAGAUCUCAACUGUAUUGCCAAAUCUCUCUAUGGUAAUGUACACAGUUAUAUAUGUUGUCAGUUAGUGUAGAUUUAACUUGUAUUCAGCUGUCCUGUUUCACAGUCAAAUUAGCUGAAAAUAAAACCAGUUUAAACAUAGCAUGAUCAACAGUGUCUUUAAAUAUGGAAAAUCUCAAGUAGUUUCACAUCAGUGCAGUAAUUUGAAUCAGUCAUAUAUAAUAUGUGCAAAGUGUAAUCUAAUUUCUGUCCAAAUGUCCCAUUCCAAAGCACUGUACAGCAUAUAGUAAAUGUAUUUGUUUGUAGUAAAUAAUUGUGUUUAUUCCUUAUUGUGGUGCAUUUUUAAAGGAAGAAAUAAAGAAACAAUU